CUUCGCUUCCAGUGAAUCAUCGUGUAGAGCUUCAGUCGAGCAAUACAUAUGUGAACGCCGUACCGAUGCACCCAUCUUGCCGUAACAUGUGGCGAUGUGGUUACUAAGUUGCGACGGCGAUCUCUUCGCCGGCAAACGCUUAUGGCUUCGACCAGGCUCCGUCCAUCUGCUUGGCCGUACAACAGGACACCCACAGGCGGGCGAGAAGAUCCGGUACAUCGAUCACAAAAGCGUUUCCCGGAAGCAUCUAGUCAUAAGCGUAGCGCAGCUAGGAGCCGGAGACCAAUUCAAACUACACCAGCGAACUGGCAUUACACUCGAGGAUAACUCGAAGGCUGGGACAACGUGCAAUGACGAGAGGUUUCAGAAAGGUAUCAGGACAUUGGAAGGGAAGGAGUAUACCAUCAGGCUGGGCCACUAUGAGCCCUUGUUCCACCUAGUGUGGCAUCCUGUCAUUAUCACUCUAACUGGACUCGGAAAGAAGGAUAAAAGCGAGGUGUUGGCAAAGCAUGGUCGGCAGGUGGAUGGCACGGAUGUUAAGCUGUUGGGCGAGUAUGUCUCAAACGAGACGACGCAUGUAGUGGCGAAGAAACGCAACACCGCUCCUGGACUGCAAGCGCUCGUGCAGGGUCGAUGGCUUGUUGCCCAGAGCUGGUUCGAUGCCUUAGCUGCUGUCACGAAACCAGCAGAAAGGAAUCUGGCUGACGAGGCGACUCCAAGCCUGCUGGAAGAUGACUUCGAUGUCCACUGGCCAAGGGAAGAGGAUCAUCUCCUACCAGCUGGCGCGGAGCCCGUGCCUAGACCAAGUGAUCUACUCAAGCCACUGACUGAGCGAGCUGAGGUUCUCCAGGACUUUACGUUUGUGUUCUUAGCGCAGGGCCAGUAUGAUCAGCUGCUCCCGGUGAUUACAUGCGCGCAUGGCAAAGCUUUACUCUGGGAAGUGCACGAUGGCGAGAGUAGGCCAGAAGAGCUCGUUAGCUAUCUUGGCGAAGUGGCGGGCAAGAAGGGCAACAGGCAGUUCCAGCUAAGCCAACAAUCAGGUAGUGGGGGUGUGGUCGUCGUCCGACUCAGCGAGGGUCGAGGAGAAUGGAGCAGAAACUUCAUGCAGGAGGUCGAAUUAGCUUCGGGUCAGCGAGCAAUAGAGCAGAGUGAAUUUCUUGAUCCGAUCAUAACACUUGAUACAAGUGAUCUACGGAGGCCGCUUAAAGAGGCCGAAAGCCUGCCGCAAGACGGUGUCGGAGAGGUACAAGCGUCGCCACCGCGGAAUCUGCGAAGGUCUCCAACUCCUCCACCACCAAACGAGGCGCCGGCAGAAACUUCACAGCGUCCCAACGGUGUGCCAAUGGAAGAUGUGCAAGAGGCAGAGCAGUUAGCAGCCUCACCUGUGAAGAAGAAAUGGAACAGGCGCGCCGUCACGAAAUCGAGGUGGCAAGGUUUCCAAAAUGACUUCGAUCCCAGCCAGUUUACGAAGAACAGAUCUCCAUCGCCAGAGCCUGUCCCUAGUGUCCAGGAACCUAGUCAGGCUGCAAGCGUGCAAAGUAUGGAUGUGGAUGAGCCAGGUCACGGGCAGAGUCAGCGCAAGCGACUCGCACCCGCCGAGGACGAGGAAAAGGACCCAUUCGAUGACCUGCUAAAAGGCCAAACGGCCUUCAAGCGCCGGAGAACCGAGGCGUUGGAAAACGGCCGGAAGGCUUCGUUCGCGGCAUCCAUCGAAGACGAAGACAGCACCACCACGAAGAAGAAUGCGGGAGCUAAGAAGCGCGUAGGAAAGCAGAUCGAUGUGAGAGCAGAGCUCGCCAAGCGGAAGGAGGAGGAAGAGGAGCGCAGACGCCUAGACGAAGAAGUCCUCCGCGAUCAGCUCGAGGGCGUUGACCUCAACGAGAUACGGAACAAAAUCGUGAUUGAGGAGAUGCCUGUUCGUGAGCCGACUCCGCGUGACGCGGCGAAAGGGAAUGGUGACCGCUGGGAUCCAGCAUGGAACGGACGUAAGAACUUCAAGAAGUUCCGGCCGCAGGGUCAACGGCAAGAUGCGCCGCCGCGUCUGCAGCGUGUGAUUGUGCAGCUUGAAGAAGUUCCGCGCAAAGGCCAUGGCAUCGGGCACGAAUACUGGUUGCUCGGUCAUGCUUCGUCUGGCAAAGGCAACUCGAAGAGUCAGUCGCAGUCCCAGACUCUACGUGCUGCCGAGCCGGGCAACGAGGACCACAGCGAAACGACACGCUUUCAUCGAAGGAUUCAGCGCAGUCGCGAAGAGGAUGCGGAAGACGAUACGAACCGGUUCAAUCCUGCCGAGAUCGCUGGUACCGCCCGUGAUGGCAACCUGCAGUCUAUGGCAGACACCGCGCCUAGCCAGACGCUCGGCACGGAAACCCAGCGUACGGCGGCAGGCAAGAGGCACGCAGUGGAGCAGGUGGGGGGCCCAGCGAAGAAGGCAAGACAAACACGAUUGCCGACGACUACCACGAUCAACAUUGACGAGGACGACGAUGACGGGCUGAAGUUCAGGCGGCGGAGACGGGGAUGAAAAGUGAACACCUCCGAUCAGUAUCUAAUACUGCAUGCCGCAAAGCUCACUUUCUCCGUUACCGUCGCUAUGCGCUUAUCGUAUGCGCCUCAAUGCAAACAUGGGUAUCAUCAACAACCUCGUAAACCAUUACUCGUGGCCCGGCUCAUGUCGCCGUCCUCGCUAACAUCGCAACCUCAAGUGAUGAGGCUUCCUUCCGCCUCGGUGUCUUCCGUCUCCUCCUUCUCCUCGCGAUCCUUGAGUGUCUUUGGUAACGCCAUCUGCGUCUGGAAUUGAUGCCAGCAGUUGGGUGCAACAAGAGCGUAUGCCA